AUGGUCCCAAAUGAUGAAAACCAGUACAUGGGAAUUAUCCGUUUGCUUCUACACUUUGGCUGGACAUGGGUGGGUCUUUUUACAGGAGAUGAUGAUAGUGGAAAAUAUUUCUUGCAAAGCAUGGAAGCAUUGUUUUCCCAGUAUCGAAUCUGUUUAGCCUUCGUUCAGGUGUUUCCACGCCAAGGCCGUGUCUUGUCCAGUGAUGAUAUGGGUACAUUUGGAAAUCUCCAUGUAUCUGUUAUGGAUCAGAGGGCCAGAGCAUUUAUCAUCUAUGGAGAUACCAUGAAUCUUAUGUGGUUAAUUACCUAUAAUACUCUUCUAGUUUCUGAUCACGCAUAUUUUGGGAAGGUGUGGAUCAUGACAGCUCAGAUGGAAUUUGCAGUAACAGGAGUGACCAGACGGAUGGAUUUUCAAAUGUUCCAGGGUGCCAUAUCCUUCGCAAUUCAUUCCAAGCAACUUCAGGAAUUUCAGAUAUAUCUUCAGAAGAAAAAUCCAUACAAGCCUGAAGGUGAUGGUUUUGUCCAGUUGUUCUGGGAACAGGUUUUUGAAUGUUCAUUUCCAAACUCUGGGGAACCAUUGGAGCAGGAUGAACUAUGUACUGGGAAGGAGAACCUGGCUAAGCCUCCUCAAUCUGUUUUUGACGUGAGAAUGAAUGGCCACAGCUACAGUAUUUACAAUGCUGUCUAUGCGGUAGCCCAUGCUCUUCAUGCAAUGCACUCAUCAAAGACUAAAUACAGAGUAAGAAUGGGGGAGCAAAGAUCUGAGUUUGAAGACAUGCAACCUUGGCAGUUACAUGCAUUUCUUCAAGGGAUAUCAUUUAACAAUUCAGCAGGAGAGAACAUUAAUUUUAAUGGAAAAAGAGAAAUUGUUGCUGGAUUUGAUAUAAUGCACAUGAUUUUAUUUGCAAAUAACUCCUUCCGUAAAGUCAAAAUUGGAUGGUUAAAACCAAUGGCUUUUGAAAGAGAACAAUUCUUCAUAGAUGAUGAAAUUAUUGAAUGGCCAAGCUCCUUUAAUCAGGUAUGUCCUAUUUCUGUGUGUAGUGACUCAUGCCCACCGGGGUUUCAGAAACAAAAGAAGGAAGGGCAGAAAUUUUGUUGCUAUGACUGUUCACCUUGUCCAGAAGGAAAGAUCUCCAACAAGACAGACACAGAUGAAUGUAUGCAGUGCCGAGAUGAUCAGUAUCGAAGCCAGAGCAAUGACAGCUGUUUCCCCAAAAUAAUAACCUUUCUUUCCUAUGAAGAACCAUUAGGAAUGGGUUUAGUCUCAAUUGUCCUUUGUUUUUCACUGGUCACGGUCUUGGUGUUUAUUACUUUUAUUAAACACAGUGAUACAGCCAUAGUCAAAGCCAAUAACCGAGAACUCACCUAUAUUCUUCUUUCCUCUCUCCUGCUCUGCUUCCUCUGCUCUCUUUUAUUCCUUGGCCAGCCCCACAAAGUCACUUGCCUCAUUCGUCAUGUUGCUUUUGGUAUCAUCUUUACUGUAGCAGUUUCUUGUGUGUUGGCCAAAACAAGCACUGUGGUUCUUGCUUUCAUGGCCACUAAACCAGGAUCCAAUGUGAGGAGGUGGGUGGGAAAAAGUCUGGCCAACACCAUUAUCCUUUCCUGCUCUCUCAUUCAAGGUAACAUUUGCACUGUAUGGCUUGCCAUUGCUCCUCCAUACCCCAGGUUGGACAUGAAAUCCCUGCCAAGCGAGAUGAUAGCAGAAUGCAAUGAAGGUUCUACCUUUAUGUUUUACUUUGUCUUGGGCUACAUGGGACUUCUGUCCAUCAUCAGCUUCAUAGUGGCUUUCUUAGCUAGAAAUCUGCCAGAUGCUUUCAAUGAAGCCAAAUUCAUCACUUUUAGCAUGCUCAUGUUUUGCAGUGUUUGGCUAACUUUUAUCCCAACUUAUUUGAGCACUAAAGGCAAAUAUAUGGUAGCUGUGGAGAUCUUUUCCAUUUUGGCCUCUGGGGCUGCCCUAUUAUUUUGUAUCUUUUCUCCAAAAGUUUAUAUUAUCCUGCUGAGACCUGAGCUGAAUAAUAAGGAGGGAUUGAUAAGGACAACUAAUAAACCAAUGAUGGUGACAAAGUUCUAUCAGCAUGUUCUGACUUUGGCAUUUGCUGUGAAUGAGAUCAAUGAAAAUGCAAACAUCUUGCCAAAUCUAACACUAGGAUUUCACAUAUAUGAUAGCUAUUAUGAUGCACGUAUGACCUACUGGACCACCCUUGACCUGCUUUUCAAAUCACAGAGAUUCCUCCCAAAUUACAAAUGUGAUCCAGAAAGACAUCUUAUGGCUGUCAUUGGCGGAAUGAGUUUGGACAUCUCAACCCAUAUGGCAGACUUCUUAAAUCUCUACAAGAUUCCACAGCUUAGUUAUGGUUCAUUUGCCUCAGAAGACAAAACACAUCCUCUUUCCUUUUAUCGCAUGGUCCCAAAUGAAAGUCUCCUGUAUAAGGGUAUGGUUCAAUUGCUUCUACAUUUCAGAUGGACAUGGGUUGGGCUCCUUGCUGUGGAUGAUGACACAGGCCAACAAUUCUUGGACAUCUUGGAAAAGAUGUUGCAUGAAAAUGGAAUCUGUUCUGCUUUCAGAAGAAUGCUCCCUAAACAAGGUCUCUUUCUUCCACUUGAUGAACUUGGAGAUAUGGCAUCAAUUAUCUAUCAAACCUUCAUGGAUAGGCAAGCUAGAGCAUGCAUCAUUUAUGGUGAAAGUAUGACUCUUCUGUGGCUGAGUACUUUAGUGCCUCUAGCAGAUCUUCAAUAUGGAGCAAACAUAUCUCUUGGAAAGGUAUGGAUUACAACUUUCCAGAUUGAUUUUACAGUCACAUCCUUCAUUACUCGUAAUUUUUUUAGAAUUUUCCAAGGGACUAUUUCCUUCUCUAUUCAUUCAAAUAAGCCUCUAGGGUUUCAAGCCUACCUUCAGAACAUAAAGCCUUUUAAGAAAGAUGGAGGUGGCUUUCUGAAGAAAUUCUGGGAGCAGGCCUUCGAGUGUUCAUUUCCAAAUUUGCAAGAAGCAGAUGAUGUUUCUGGGAUAUGCAAUGGCAACGAGAAGUUAGGAGAUCUUCCUAGCCCUGUUUUUGAGACGAGCAUGACUGGUCACAGUUACAGUGUGUACAAUGCAGUCUAUUCCAUAGCACAUGCUCUACAUGCUAUGUUAUCAUCUAGAUCUCCAUACAGAGAAAUAGUGGGAAGCCAAAGUUUUCAUGAUCUCCAACCUUGGCAGCUCCACCCAGUUCUUUCAAGCAUUGGGUUUAACAACUCAGUUGGAGAAACAGUGUCUUUUAAUGAAAAGAGAGAGCUGGUUGCUGAAUUUGAUAUUGUCAAUUUGGUCAUAUUCCCCAACAACUCCUUUAUUAGAAUGAAACUUGGAGAACUGAAUCUUCAAGGUUUUGAAGAACAAGUACUCACCAUCCAUGAAAAUAACAUUUUCUGGCCAGAGUUUUAUAAUCAGAUCAAAGAAAUCAUUGAUCAAAGAGGCCAAGAAUUGGCAUUGCCACCAAAUAUCUAUGCCCAGGAUCCUAAAUGGGGAAUGGGGGAGAUAUAG